GUGAUGUUGGUGAUCUCACCUUCAUCUUCACGCUGACUUCCUGUUGUUCAGGUUCAGACGCUCUUCUCAGCUUGUCUCUUACCUCUCAGCAGGAGACCAUGAGCACCGAUGGCGAGAUGGCGAUCUUCGGGCCGGCCGCCCAGUACCUGCGCAAAUCCGAGCGGGAGAGGAUAGAGGCGCAGUCCCUCCCCUUUGACAGCAAAACGGCUUGCUUUGUCUGUGAGGACAAGGAGCUGUACGUCAAGGCCACCGUGCAGGACAAGGCGGACGACAAAGUCACAGUCAAGACGGAGGACGAAAAAACGUUGAUUGUGAAGGAGGACCAAGUUUUUCCCAUGAACCCGCCAAAGUUUGACAAAAUCGAGGACAUGGUCAUGAUGACGCACCUUCACGAGCCCGCCGUUCUCUUCAACCUGAAGGAGCGCUAUGCUGCCUGGAUGAUCUAUACGUACUCUGGUCUCUUCUGCGUAACGGUCAAUCCCUACAAAUGGCUGCCGGUCUACAACCCUGAGGUGGUCCAGGCCUACCGAGGCAAGAAAAGGAUGGAGGUUCCUCCUCACAUCUUUGCGCUGUCAGAUAACGCCUACCAGUUGAUGCUGACGGAUCGUGUGAAUCAGUCCAUCCUCAUCACUGGAGAGUCUGGCGCAGGAAAGACGGUCAACACCAAGCGGGUCAUUCAGUACUUUGCUACCAUCGCCAUGUCCGCGGAUAAGAAGAAAGAGAACAAUAGUAAAAUGAAGGGAACACUGGAGGACCAGAUCAUCCAGGCCAACCCCCUGCUGGAAGCUUUUGGGAAUGCCAAAACCGUGAGGAAUGACAAUUCUUCUCGCUUCGGUAAAUUUAUACGCAUUCACUUUGGCGCCACCGGCAAACUGGCGUCUGCAGAUAUCGAAACAUAUCUGCUGGAGAAGUCCAGAGUGUCGUUCCAGCUGGCAGCCGAGAGAAGCUAUCACAUCUUCUAUCAACUAACCUGCAACAAGAAGCCAGAACUCAUCGACCUGCUCCUCAUCAGCACCAACCCUUAUGACUUCGCUUUCAUCAGCCAGGGCGAGAUCUGCGUCAAAAGCAUUGAUGACGCAGAGGAGCUAAUGGCGACUGACGAGGCCUUCGACAUUUUGGGCUUCACUUCGGAAGAAAAAAUGUCCGUCUACAAGCUGACUGGUGCCGUAAUGCAUUAUGGGAACAUGAAGUUCAAGCAGAAACAGCGAGAGGAGCAGGCGGAGCCAGACGGCACUGAGGAGGCUGACAAAGCAGCUUAUCUGAUGGGUCUUAACUCUGCUGACCUGCUGAAGAACCUCUGCUACCCCCGCGUGAAGGUGGGCAACGAGUACGUGACCAAAGGACAAAAUGUGCAACAGGUGUACAACGCCAUUGGAGCUCUGGCUAAAUCCGUGUAUGAAAAGAUGUUUUUGUGGAUGGUGCAGCGCAUUAACCAGCAGCUGGACACCAAGCAGCCCAGGCAGCACUUCAUUGGCGUUCUCGACAUUGCUGGUUUUGAAAUAUUCGACUACAACAGCAUGGAGCAGUUGUGCAUAAACUUCACCAACGAGAAACUGCAGCAGUUCUUCAACCACCACAUGUUUGUGCUGGAGCAAGAAGAGUAUAAGAAGGAAGGCAUUGAAUGGGAGUUCAUUGACUUUGGCAUGGACUUGGCAGCCUGCAUCGAGCUCAUUGAGAAGCCAAUGGGCAUCUUUUCCAUCCUGGAGGAAGAGUGCAUGUUUCCAAAAUCAACUGACACCUCCUUCAAGAACAAACUUUAUGACCAACAUCUGGGCAAGAACAGCUGCUUCUUGAAGCCCAAAGUGGUCAAGGGCAAGCCUGAGGCUCACUUCUCCCUGAUGCACUACGCCGGCACCGUGGACUACAACAUCUGCGGCUGGCUGGAGAAAAACAAGGACCCCUUAAACGAUUCUGUAGUGCAACUGUACCAGAAGUCGUCAGUCAAAAUACUCUCGAUAAUUUACGUCUGCUUCUCUACCUCCGACGAUGCCCCUGCUGGAGGAGCCAAGAAAGGGUCGAAGAAGAAGGGAGCAUCUUUUCAAACAGUGUCAGCACUGUUCAGGGAAAACCUCGGGAAGCUCAUGACCAACCUGAGGACCACUCAUCCACACUUUGUCAGAUGCCUCAUUCCAAAUGAGACAAAAACUCCGGGCAUUAUGGAAAACCACCUGGUCAUCCACCAGCUGCGCUGCAACGGUGUGCUUGAAGGCAUUCGCAUCUGCAGGAAAGGAUUUCCCAGCAGGAUUCUGUAUGGAGACUUCAAGCAGAGAUACAGGAUUUUAAAUGCGAGCGCAGUUCCAGAAGGACAGUUCAUGGACAACAAGAAGGCUGCAGAAAAACUUCUGGGCUCCAUCGAUGUGGACCACACACAGUACAAGUUUGGACACACUAAGGUGUUUUUUAAAGCCGGCCUGCUGGGUGCUCUGGAGGAAAUGAGAGAUGAGCGCUUGGCUCAGGUUGUGAUGUCCACUCAGGCGCUGUGUCGAGGGUACCUGAUCCGGCUGGAAUACCAGAAGAUGAUGGCCAGGAAGGAAGCCAUCUACACCAUCCAGUACAACUUCCGUUCCUUUAUGAACGUCAAACACUGGCCGUGGAUGAAGCUGUACUUUAAGCUUAAACCUCUGCUGAAGAGCGCUGAGGCUGAGAAGGAAAUGGUCCAAAUGAAGGUGGACUACACAAAGCUCAAAGAAGAUUUGGCCAAGUCAGAAAACCGGCGGAGAGAAAUGGAGGAGAAAAUGGUCUCCGUUGUACAGGAAAGGAACGACCUUCUCCUCCAAGUCCAGGCGGAGGCAGACAACCUGCUGGAUGCUGAGGAGCGAUGUGAGGGACUAAUCAAGAGCAAGAUCCAACUAGAAGCCAAGUUAAACGAAGUAAUGGAGAGACUAGAGGAUGAAGAGGAGUUGAAUGCCGAGCUGACGGCCAAGAAGCGAAAGCUGGAAGAUGAGUCCUCUGAGCUAAAGAGGGACAUUGAUGACCUAGAACUGACCUUGGCCAAAGUUGAAAAGGAGAAGCACGCCCUGGAAAAUAAGGUGAAAAACCUGACGGACGAGAUCAUGAGUCAGGAUGACAGCCUCAGCAAACUGUCCAAAGAGAAAAAGGCUCUACAGGAAGCCCAUCAGCAGACCUUGGAUGACUUGCAGUCCGAGGAGGAGAAAGUCAACAUCCUCAGCAAAGCCAAAGCUAAACUAGAGCAGCAGGUUGACGAGCUGGAGGGUUCGCUAGAGCACGAAAAGAAGAUCCGGAUGGAGCAGGAGAGAGCUAAGAGAAAGUUGGAAGGUGAUCUGAAACUUUCCCUUGAGUCCAUCAUGGAUCUGGAAAAUGAGAAGCAACAGCUGGACGAGAAGCUUAAAAAGAAAGACUUUGAGGCCUCGCAGCUGCAGACCAAAGUUGAGGAUGAACAAGCUCUCAGUUCACAGCUCCAGAAGAAAAGCAAAGAGAUCCAAGCCCGAACUGAAGAACUAGAGGAGGAAAUGGAGGCUGAGCGUGCCGCUCGAGCCAAAGUAGAGAAGCAGAGGUCGGAUUUGUCUCGAGAGCUGGAAGACAUCACAGAGAGGCUGGAGGAGGCGGGAGCUUCUACUGCAGCUCAGGUUGAGUUGACCAAGAAGCAGGAGGCCGAGUUCCUCAAACUGCGCAGAGAGCUGGAGGAGCGUUCACUGCAGUACGAGUCCACGUCGGCCGCCCUGCGCAAGAAGCACGCCGACAGUGUGGCAGAGCUGGGGGAGCAGCUGGACAACGUCCAGAGGGUCCGGCAGAAACUAGACAAGGAGAAGAGUGAGCUGAGGCUGGAGAUUGACGACCUGUCCAGCAAUUUGGAAUGUGUUGCAAAAGCCAAAAUUCAUUCAGAGAAGAUGUGCCGCUCUCUAGAAGAUCAACUGAGUGAGGUUAAAGCCAAAGAGGACGAGCAGCAGAGAUUAAUAAACGACCUUUCUAGUCAAAACACUCGGCUGCAGACCGAAAAUGUUGAAAUAUCUCGCCAACUGGAGGAGAAAGACACUCUCCUCUCUCAGCUCACUAGGGGAAAACAAGGCUUCCUACAGCAGAUCGAGGAGCUUAAAAGGUUUCACGAGGAGGAGAUCAAGGCAAAAAGUGCGCUGGCCCACGCCUUGCAAUCCAGCCAACAUGACUGUGAGCUUCUGAGAGAACAGUAUGAGGAGGAGCAGGAGGCCAAAGCCGAGCUCCAUCGCUGCCUUUCCAAGGCCAACAGCGACGUGGCCCAGUGGAGAACUAAAUACGAGACGGAUGCCAUCCAGCGUAACGAGGAGCUUGAGGAAGCCAAAAAAAAGCUGGCUCUGCGUUUGCAGGAAGCAGAAGAAGCUGUGGAAGCAGUCAACUCCAAGUGCUCGUCUCUAGAGAAGACAAAGCAGAGGCUGCAGGGAGAGGUGGAGGACUUAAUGAUGGAGGUCGAGAAAUCCAACGCCGUUUCCGCCACUUUGGACAAGAGGCAGAGAAAUUUUGAUAAGGUUAUAGCUGAGUGGAAGCAGAAGUAUGAAGAGGGUCAGGUAGAGCUGGAGUCAGCUCUUAAAGAAGGGAGGUCUUUGGGCACUGAGAACUUCAAGAUGAAGAAUACCUUCGAAGAAUGUCUGGAACAACUGGAGACGCUCAAGCGGGAAAAUAAGAACUUACACCAGGAGAUUGUGGAUCUCAGUGAGCAGCUAGGAGAAAUGGGAAAAAACAUCCAUGAGUUGGAGAAAUCUAAGAAGCUGGCUGAACAGGAAAAGCUGGAGGCCCAGACAUCUCUUGAGGAAGCUGAGGCCUCUCUUGAACAUGAGGAGUCCAAGAUCCUGCGAGUCCAGCUGGAGCUCAACCAGGUGAAGAGUGAAGUGGAUAAGAAGAUAGCUGAGAAGGAUGAAGAGUUCGAGCAAAUUAAGAGAAACAGCCAGCGGGUCGUUGACACCAUCCAAAGCAACCUGGAUGCCGAGGUGAGGAGCAGGAAUGAUGCGCUGAGAGUCAAGAAGAAGAUGGAGGGAGACCUGAACGAAAUGGAGAUGCAGCUAAGCCAUGCCAACAGACAGGCGGGCGAGGCCCAGAAACAGCUCAGGAAUGUUCAAGUUCAACUUAAGGAGGUCCGGAUCCAUCUCGCCGACGUGCUGAGAAGCAACGACGACAUGAAGGAGCAGGUCGCCAUAGCGGAGCGCAGGAGCAACCUACUACUGGCGGAAAUGGAGGAAGUCAGAGCCGCUCUUGAACAAACAGAGAGGAGUCGCAAACUGGCCGAGCAGGAGCUGCUGGACGCCUGCGAGAGGGUUCAGCUUCUCCACUCGCAGAAUACCAGUUUGCUCAACAGUCGCAAGAAGUUGGAGGCAGACUUGUCUCAGAUUCAAGGAGAAAUGGAAGACAGUGUCCAAACAGCCCGGAACGCAGAGGAGAAAGCCAAGAAGGCGAUCACUGACGCCGCCAUGAUGUGUGAGGAACUGAAGAAGGAGCAGGACACCAGCGCUCACCUGGAGAGGAUGAAGAAGAACCUGGAGACCACCGUCAAAGACCUACAGCAGCGUCUGGAUGAGGCAGAGAGCCUCGCAAUGAAGGGCGGCAAGAAGCAGCUCCAAAAACUAGAAGCGAGGGUGCGGGAGCUGGAAAAUGAGCUGGAGACGGAGCAAAGACAUGGUUCUGAUGCCGUCAAAGGGUCACGCAAGCUCGAGCGCAAGAUUAAGGAACUGACUUAUCAGUCAGACGAGGACAAAAAGACGGCCAUGAGGCUGCAGGAGCUGGUGGACAAACUCCAGUUGAAGGUGAAAGUGUACAAACGGCAAGCUGAAGAAGCUGAAGAACAGGCCAACGUGCACCUGACCAAACUGAGGAAGGUGCAACAUGAGCUGGAAGAGGCAGAGGAACGAGCAGACAUUGCCGAGUCUCAGGUCAACAAGAUGAAAGUCAAGAAUCGCGACAUGGCCAAGGUCUGA